AUGACUGCCAGCGCCAGCAACGCCACCGGCUCUUCAGGCCAGCUCCCUAUAGGGUUCGAGGGGCUCAUGCCUCUUUUCGGCGCACACACCAACCCAUUAUUGCACACCCUCAUGGCCAUGAACUCCAUCUUUGCUGCCUACCUGGGCCUCGACCUCGCCGCAAUAGUUGCCUUCUUGGGUCUGCUUUGGGCAGCGUGCCGGCUAGCCCGUCAGACAUGGGAGCUCAUAUACGACCUAGCCGAAAAGUAUCUGAUGGCCUCGAUACAUAUCAGCAGCGACGAUGACAUCCACCAACAGGUUCUGAAGUGGCUGGCCGCCCAACCCCACGUUAAAAAUGCGCGGUCUCUUAUAGCCGAGUCGCCUACGACGGGUGUUUGGGAGGGGCAGAGCAACGAGGCCAAUUACGUGCUAGUGCCCGCCCUUGACGGCGAUGGGAAGAACUCGUAUCUUAACUUUUCGUACCAGCACGCGAGCACACCUCCCCGCUAUAUCCCGGCCAUGGGCAGCCAUGGGUUUUAUUUUAGGGGGACGUACUUCCGCAUCUACCGGAAGCGAGAAAGCAUGCUCGCCAGUAACAGCAACCACUUUGGUGCCUCGGUAAUCAAAGAUACCGAGACCAUGGGAGGUCUGCUUCAAGGGGAGCUCCGGCCGCACUAUUAUCAAACGGCCCGGCUCAUCUAUGACGCGCAGGUUUGGAGGCGGAAACAGGUGGUCCACAGUGGCCAACCGGCCCGUCAGGCCUAUGUCUACUGUCGUGCUUGA